UUGUUCACGUUAUAUGCAUAGGAUCAGAGGCUGAGCAUUAUCACAGGUUACUGAGUGAAGCUGGGGCAUACACUCUCGGUACACUGUACUGGCAACUAAACGAUAUCUGGCAGGCCCAGACCUGGUCCUCUGUUGAAUAUGCUGGAAGAUGGAAGUUACUGCAUUAUGCAAUGAGGAGGAUUUAUUCUGAUGUCUCUGUCACUGCGUAUCAAUUGAAUGGCUCUAUUGCAGUUUAUGUCACUGUCGAUGAUCCACAGAUGACUGCUAAGUAUUCACUUUCAGUUGACAUCAUAUCUUGGGAUGGUAAAACAGUAUCUCAGAAGAGUAUGCCAAACUUACAAUCUGAAGGAUUUACAGGAACAAAAGUAGCUGAAUACAAGAUUAGUGAUAUAUUUCAAGGAAGUGUUACAGUAAAUGAUGCUUAUCUGCAUAUUUGGAUAACUGAAGAUGGUUCGAAUACAAUCCUUUCUUCUACUCAUUUCUUUCCUGGAAACUUUACAAAAAUAAAUCUUCCUUCGGCUAAAAUAACAGUCAGUAACGUCACGUCAAUAUCAUCAAAUGAAGUAUCGUUCAGUCUCCAAUCUGAUGCAACUGCAGUUUAUGUGAUGUUGGAUAGUGGAGCUUUGGAAGGAUAUUUCAGUGAUAAUGGAUUCUUAAUGACUCCAAACACAGUCUACAAUAUGAACUUCACUUCCUGGUCUGACAUUUCAACUCAAGACUUUAGCAAGAACAUAGUAACAAGGUCACUGGUUGACACUUACUAGUUGCUCUCAAUUAAACUUAAAUUUAAUAAAAAAGGCUAUAUUAUUAUUAUUACUUCCUUUAUGCUGUGCUAUUAUUGCUGAUAUGUGGUAUGUGUGACGUUGA